AUGGGCCUCCCAAGCCACAUUGAUACAUUCUCUGAAAGUAACCCUGAUCCAGCUACUCCUGCCGCUCGAGGACGCCGAACGACAAUAGCCACUCUGUUUCGACGAGCUGAAGUAGAACCCAACAAAGUAUUUGGCUCAUUCCCGUUGACAGACAACAUUGAAGAUGGCUUCCGAGACUUCACAUUCGCGGAACUGGCAAAGGCUGUCGAUGCUUGCGCCUGGAACUUGAAAGAGACUUUUGGUACGAGCGAGCAGUUUGAAGCGAUCUUGUACAUGGGCUCGAACGACUACCGCUAUAUAAUCUUCUUCUACGCUGCGAUAAAAUGCGGGUUCCAGGCUUUGUUCAUCAACCCUCGAUACCCUAUCGAAGGUGUCAUGGCAGUGAUCGAGAAGAUGAAAUGCUUCAAAGCCUUUUACUCCCUGGAAGAGCGAGCUGUCAUCGAGAACAUACAAUCUCAUCGUCCUGGAUUUGAAGCUUCGGAGCUUGCACCACUAUCAAACUGGCUGGACGCAAACCCCAGGCCAUUCCCUUUUAACAAGACUUGGGAGGAGAGCAGGAACGACCCAGUGCUCUCGGUUCACAGCUCCGGCACGACCGGUCUGCCCAAGCCCAUCACCUUUAGAAACGGCUAUUUCGCAACAUGCGACGUCUUGUGGCCUAUUCCACCGGGAAAGCGAAGUAUACACCCUGUAGCAGGCAUUGAAGGAUGCCAGCUCGCAUUCUCAAUCUUUCCACAAGCCCAUGCCGGAGGCCUCAUCAUGAACAACAUCCGACCCAUGUACUCAAACUGUGCGACUGUCAUGCUACCUGCGAGAGCAGACUAUACACGGAGUGCCGCAAUGGUCCUUGAGAUUCUCAAGCGCAGAUCAGUGGACACAAUCUCUGCCACGCCGUUGCUCUUGGAGAAUAUCUGUCAGCUUCCUGGCGGCGUGGAAGCACUGCGUAAACUGCACUCCGUCCUCUACGCAGGAGGACCCCUGCGGCACGAUAUUGCCGAGACGAUUGCGGCGAACGGGAUAUUCACUCUCAAUAUCUACGGCGCGACCGAGACGGGAUUCAUUCCAGCGCUGAAGGUUGAUCCAGAAGACUACGAAUACUUUCACUUCAAUCCGUACUACAAAACGGUAUUCGAACCCGUGGGAGACGAAGUUGGCUCUCAUGAACUUGUCAUCCGUAAAGAUUCCGGCCCAGAGGAGGAAGAGCUGCACUCGAAGCGAGGCAUAUGCUGGUCUUUCGGUGUGGACGAACAUCGCACCAAGGAUCUCUUCGUACCACACCCGACAAAACCAGACCUGUGGAAGUACUACGGGCGAACAGACGACAUUCUAGUAUUGGCACAUGCUGGUAAAAUCAACCCUAUUCCUCUGGAAGACAUUAUCAGCACCCAUCCGGGUGUUUCUGGCACCUUCGUCACAGGAGAGUACCGUUUCCCGCCUAGCAUUUUGAUCGAGCCCGCAAGCAAAGUCGCCGAUCACAAGCUUUUCAUGGAAGAGGUCUGGCCUACGAUCGAAAAGGCCAAUGCUAAGCUGAGGAAGGAGAUGCGGAUUCCGAAAGAGAUGGUCGCUGUCUUAGAAGAGCGAGGGCUGGCUAGAGGAAUCAAAGGGCAAAUCGUGCGCAAGACGAAUGUUCAGAAGCAUGCCGAUGUCAUUGACAAGCUUUACGCGGAGCGUGAGAAGCUGGUGAAGUAG